AUGCCAAAAACCAAAAAGGAAUACAACGAUGCAGAUAGGAAAGCUGUGGAGAAAAAUUUUUGUGCCAAGAAAAUUUUGCAAGAACACUUCAAGUACAACCCUAAUAAAGCAGCCAAAAGGAACCCGGUUCCUGACAAACGCUUCAAAAGGAAGAAUGCCGCUGACAAUGUUAUGAAGCAAGCUCUUGCAGCAUGGGGAGAUUCCUCAAGUGAGCCUGAAAAAGAAACUGAUGCAGAUGAUAAGGAUGCCUUGAACAUAGAAUUAGGAAAAGCUGAGCAAACCAGAGAUGACUUGAUAGUUUGUGUGGUUGAUUUGAAGGAAACUAUAGAUGAUCUGGAAAAUGAGAAGAAGGUUCUAACUGAGAAAAUCACUAGUGUAGAACACGAACGAGAUGAUCUGGUGGUAGUAGUAGUUGACUUGAAAGAAACCAUUGAGAACUUAAGUAAAGAAAAGGAUGCCUUAGUGGAGAAAGUGACUGAUGUUGAGCAGGAGAGAGAUGACCUCUUAAUAGUGAUUGUAGACUUGAGGGAAACUAUAGAGGAACUUGGAGCUGAGUGUAGGCCUGGAAAUUCUGAUAAAGGGAAAGAGGUAGCUAGUGAGGCACACAUUAAGCUUGAAAACGAGUUAAAUGCUGUGAGAACUAGUUUGUGUGCUGAACUUGAGAAAAAUAGGCAGCUCCAAGCAGAAUUGGAAAGAGUAAAAAAUGAUCUUGAGAAGUCCCUUAAGUGGACCUAG